GUUGUUUCCCCUUACGCGAACGGAACGGAUGUGUGUGCCCGUACUUGCGUGGCCAAAACUCAUCGUUUCAGUGUUGUAGCGUUUGUUCAUCUUGACUGCUGCUGCUGCUGCUGCUGUACCGUGUUAUAGUCUGUUUUCACCCGGAGCGCAGGGAGCAAAAAGGGACCUGGUAGAAAGAUGUUCGCCUCACCGUGUCUACACUAACGGGUGCGUGUGUGUAUACAGUCAGUUUCUUCAGGAAUCUUCUCGCACGGCCGGUACUAGCAUUCUCGUCCUCUACACACGGUGCAAAGUGCGUCAGCAGCAGGAGAAAUAUCUUGAAGCAUUAAAAAAAACAUAACUAGUAGCAGACCCCAUCCUGUGUGAAAAGUGUGUCCCAUGUGUAUGGUGCAAUAGUGCAAUUGCGAAUUCCCCCUCUUACCCCUUCCUACCCCUUACCGCGGGGGGAAGGUGCAUAGUAUCCGUGGCCGUCGUGUGUCUUUUUUCCGUGAUUCGGUUGAACGCCUAGUAGUAGUAAUCGUGGUGGUUAAAUGUUCUUCGUUCGGUCCUCUCGAUCAAAGCAAUCCGUGCGCGUGUAUGUGUCGCUGUGUGUGUUAGUGUAUUGUUGUAUACAGUGCGUUUUGGGGUGGUGAAGUGUGCAUCUGAAGCUCAGAAGUAGCUCAAAAAAAGUUUGAAAAAGCUGUGAAUUAAAAGGGUGAAAAUUUGGUGUUGUUUUGUCCCCACCGAAGCGUGAAAAUAGUAAGCGUGUGAAAACAUCCCGGUUUUCCCGGUCCGAUUUAAUAUAGUGCGAUCCCGAUCCCGAGCGCGCGGGUGGAUUACGUGUCGUUUGUGCCGCUGCAAGAGCGAACACCCAUGGCCCGGCUUAUCCUCGUGUGGCUCGCCCUGUGCGCUGCCACCGUCCUUGCGAGCGGAUCGGCCGUGCCGCCGUCGGCCUGGUCGUCGCGGGUGCACCGAACGGCCCGGGACACGAUGGGCGAUGGGCGGGACCACCAUGCCGCCGCCCAGCCCCGCUCGAUGCUGUCCUGCGACCGUGUCAACAACUUCUUCUCCUCCAUCAAUGUAACCGUCAGUCAAGGAUCACAGCACGACCAAGGUCCGGUGUGCGGCGGUAUCUGCUGCGAUGCCGAGACCGAACGACAGUUGCAGGCGAAGGCGACGAAAACCUUCGAACGACUAGUCAAACACCACAUCCGAAGCCAGCGGGGGCUCUGGGAAUCGGCUGCUAAUGUGUACAAAGACUAUCUGCUGCAGCUGCUGCAACAGUCGGAAAACAAAACGCUCAACCUGUUCUCGACCGUCUACCGCAAGAUGUCGCCGCUGUCCCGCGAGCCGAUCCGCGAGCUGUACGAAACCAUCCGCCAGAAGCUGCUGGCCGACCAUGCCGGGGACGAUUUCGAAAUGAUGACGAUUCUCUUCUUCCGCGAUCUAUUCCCGGUCGCGUACCACCACGCGAUCCACUCGGACGUUCACGGUACGGAGCGGGGCCGCCCGGCCAGCGGCAGCAACCGGGACUUUCACAGCGACUACAAGAACUGUCUGGUGCACACGUACGACGAUCUGAAACCGUUCGGCAUGGUGCCGCAGGAGCUGUCCAGCUCGCUCGUGUCCUCCGUCAGUGCCGCGUCCGUGCUGCUGCGCGCCCUGCGCGAGGGGGCCGAGGUGCUGCUGAAGCUCGAGGAGGUGGGCGUAUCUGCGCCGAGCUGCCGGCAGGCGCUGCUACGCAUGAACUACUGCGGAAGCUGCAAGCGGUACAACCAUCUGCACGCCAAACCGUGCGCCGGCCUGUGCCAGAAUGUGAUGCGGGGCUGUCUAAUCGAGUUCGUUGGCGCACUGAACAAGGGCUGGUCGACGCUGACGGAGGCGAUCGUGCCGCUAAUCGGUACCGUCCGCUCGGUAGACGGCAUCGAGACGGACAUCAAAUCCCUGGACGGUAAACUGUCGAACGCCAUCAUGCACGCGAUGCAAAAUGGACCUCAGCUUGAAAAACAGGUCGAACAAGCUUGCGGCGUACCGUCGAUGAUGCCAUCCGAAUAUCUGGCCGACGGAUCGUACGACGAUGCACCGCAGACGCUGGCGGGCAGCAGCAAGUGGCCGCUCGCACCGAACAACGAGAUGCUCCAGUUCGAGAUGACGAUCGACAAGAACAAGGAUCUGUUCAUACAGCUCUCUACGACGCUGUGCGAAGAUGAAGACUACCACCCGACGGACGAGGACUGCUGGACGGGCAGCAGCCUGAGCGACUACACCCAGCAGGUGGUGACGACGAUCGGCGACCGGUACAACCCGGAAGUGGUGUACAAUGCGAGCGCGACCGUCUCGCCCCACAUGCAGACGCUCGUCGAUCGGCUCAUCAAUCUCAAGACGGCAGUGAACAAAGCGUACUCAUCAAAUACGUUCAGAAGUGACGUAGACAAGAUGCAGUCCGAUAUGGCGGAAGGUUCGGGCGAUUCGUACCCCUCCGACGACGAUGAGGAUGGAGAUCUAGCCUCGGGUUCCGGCGACGACGUCAACCCGCGCACCAUUUUCAGAGACAAUCCCAACGUCACGCCCAGCCACACCGAUGUUAGCGCCGCGAAACGAAUCUCGACCAGCUCCUGCUGGAGUUUGAUCACCCUGGUUGCCGUGUGCCUGCAGGUGCUACUGCUCAGCAGCGACUUCUGCGGUCACUGAGGGACUGGUGCGCGCGCAUACACACACACCCGUCCUCCUGUCCCUGCUCUGGAUUAACACGACACACACACUCACCCUUCGAGAAGCAAGCGUAAGAAAUAGUGUAGCAUGAAAAUACGAAAUACGGCUACUACGUACACACUACUGCGGCGUACACACGAUCAUCUUCCUCAAGCCGGCGCAACGCAACCCAGUUCAGGCGGAAAGGUCGUCAAUUAAGUACCGAAAGGCGUGUGUGGCGGCGUGUUCCCUUGCGUGCACUGGCAACCGAUUCAUUAGUCAAGGCAUUAGUAUUCCCGCAGCCCGUCUUGGUGUGGGACGGCUGUGUGAUACCCGUCGGAGUCACUGCAAUCGCAAGGACUAAGUCAUGCACAGUCUGUUUUACUAUUUGAUGUUUCAUUCUUUUCUGUGUCACUCGUUAAGGUCUACUGUUAAGGAGAGCGGGAACGAAACGAAAUUCAGCUUUGAUGGUGGGCAGCUUUCCCAUUACUACGAUUGUAGGGGUUUUACUUCGUGCUGCUAGCAUUGGAAUUCAGCACCAGAGGUGCUUCCGGUUGAUCAUACCCCGCGCAGCUAUACGCCCAGCUUCUUUUAUUUUUAUGAUACGCCGUCUGCGGCGGCCGCUAUCAACUGUUGUGUGUUUGUGUGUGUGCGUGUGUGUGUAUACACACGGUGCAGCUAAACAGGCUGCUCAGCAAAUCUCAAACCGAAAGAUCGAACGUUUCGAAGCUUGAUCUCUCGUGGAUGUGUCAGGUGGGGAUUUUUGUUUGUAAGAUUUCAGAAGUCAUUCGAGCCAACCGAUAACACAAAGAGAGGGGCGUACGUUUAGCAGGAGCGCGCGCUCUGAUGGUUUAAUGCCGUGAUGAUUCUUCCACUGUCAUUUAUUUAAUUCGAAAAUGUGUUUUUUUUUGCGUAGAAAUCAAGAUUUUUUGUUUCCAAACCCUUGUCAGUCAUUGGAUCAUUCUGCACGACUUCCAUUUCGUCUAUUUCUCUCUAACUCUCUCUCUCUUUCUCUCUCUCUUUCUCUAUCUCUCUUUAUCAUCUCUUCUCAAGCGAGUAUGUCUACUUUAAUUAGUCGUUAACAAAAAGAAAAACAAGAAAAACAGAUCAAUAUCGUAGCUAGACCAUUAUCAAAAAAACCGAAUUAAAAAAGCAAACUAAAAAAAAUCACAAAAAAACUCAUCCUAGAAUCACGAUAUGAUCAUCUUAUCUUUCUACUAAUCCAUACUAAAAAAAACAUGGAGCAAAAAGAUGAAUAAGGAAAUGUGUGCAGAUUUAAGCAGCAAGAAAUGGAAGAAUCGAAUCGGUCAUGAAAACAUUAUGUAAAUAAUUAACUUAAAAUCAAUCACCUAACCUGCUACCGUACCGAAACUGUAGCGGGCAAGUGGGAUGCAAACAACAGUUAUAAUCAAGAUAAAAAAAGAAGCAAGAAAAAGAGGAAGAAGCAGAUUUUUUUCUUUCGUUUCAAAUAGCAACAUAGAAAUCAAGCCCGCAAGAAAACAACCUACGCAUAGAUUCGUAAACACUAGUUAACAAAUUCUUCUACACGCACGACACAUUCACUCGCAAGACACUUUGUUGACGCCGUGCCAGUGUGCCAGACGGUGUGUUAGCACACGGGAACACUUUGUCCCUGAUGUUGUGUUGCCUUCGGUGGUGUCGGACUAGUAAUUGAUAUCAAGCGAACGGAACGAAGAGCAGUAUGAAUUUCCACUAAUCGUUGCAAACGAGUCGAGUUUUGGCAUGCGAGGUGCAUACUGUUAGGCGGCAUUGCUACCGCUUUCAAAAGUGUAUGCAAUUUGAAGCGCAUGGCAUGGGGCAUGAUCAAGUUAAAAGGUGUUCUGCCUCGUUCACGGCUGGAAACAGUUGCUGUAUUUUUUAUUUAUUAUUUACACAACACACAUUCUUACUCAAAUUCAAUCAGGCACAUAGUACGCAUGGUAGGCCACUGUAUGCUGUAUCAUCAGUCAUGGAGUGCCGCCAAAAAGGAAAGGGCUACUGAAGCUAUCGCCAAUAUUUUUUUCUUUCUUUCAAAGUCAUUCGAUAAAGUCCAGAAACAAAAGUGUACAUUUUUGAGUGUGUGUGUAUGUGCGAAGAUUGUUUUUUUUUUGCUAUGUUUUGGUGCGUAGGUGUUGUUAAAUGCGGAAAUGUUGUUUUACGAUAGAACGUGCGCGGGAAGGAAUGAUUCGUUGUACAGUAGUGAUGGUACGGUAUGGUUUGUUGCGCCCACGCGUGGAAAACAGAACAGAAGCCCCACCCACUCGUGGUUGUGUGGUUAUGUGUGUGUGUGUGUGUGAAACGAGCCGGAAGUCGUUACGCAAUAGAGCGACAUACAGAGACAAAUUAAAAGCAAAAGCAAAAGCAAAAAGUAAUAACGAAGGAAAAACGGUCAACUGUGAAGUGUAGUAGCGCACGGAAUGCUAACCCAAUUGUUUGAACUAUCUGUGAUUGUGGGAAAAGAAGAAGGAGCGAUACGCAAAGAUGAAUACAAUCCGGUAUGCUAAAGAGAGAGAGAGAGAGAGAGAGAGAGAGAGAGAGAGAGAGAGAGAGAGAGAAAGAGAGAAAAUAGGAAUGUGUGUGUGUGGUUUUGGCGAGUGUGUUUGGUGAUCUUCGGUUUCUGGAAGCUGUAGGAAGGUGUGCAAAAUUAGAUGGUGUGCAAAAUUUAAUUUAUUGUUAGUAGAUUGUUGUUUACAUGGGCCUACUUACUGCUACUACUACUAAUACUACUACUACUACUACUACUACGACGACAAGCGUGGGAAAAAGGGAAAGCGGGAAAGGCAUUCAGAAUCAAACGCAGUCUGAUCCGUAACGCUCCGUAACGCGUCCAGACUGCUAACAGUUUGGCGCAAGGGAAAGAAAAGGGAAGGGAAAUGUUUAAAUUAACACAUAGUUUACACCGCACACACUUGCGACACGAUUGAGACAGGCCGAGAGAGAUAGAGAGUGAGUGGAAGGUUCACGUUUCCAGAACCAGACCGAUCCAGACAGAACGACCACUUGGGAAAGGAGGGUGUGCGAAAAGGGAAGCGUAAUCUUAUGGUGCCAUGAACCCCUUUUACUUCCGUGCGUUGAAAAGAAGAAAAAAAAAUAUAGCAAAAAAAAAGGGUUUUGUUGUCAAAAUAACAAAAACGUCAAAACUCGUCCGCCAAACGUACGCGAGGACGUGCAUGAAACCAAUGGGGGAGAAACAAACACAAAUUUGCGGAAGAAGAAACGGAUCGCGAAAUACGGAAAGGAAUGCAAACAACAGCAACAACAACAACAGGUAGCAUUAACAUUCAAAUGCUAAUUCCACUUCCAGUGAUAUAUCUUAGAUUUAGGAUUUUUUUUUGUUUUUGCAAUUAUAUAUUAUGUUUCUGUAGUAUUCUUUUAACAUGUGCAUGUGUUGAUUUUCUCUGUCCCCUUCAAACACUUCUCUCCCCACCCCCCCCCCCCCCCCCUUUUAGCCACGGUUCGGUAGUAAAGAAAUCAGUCUUCAAAAUUCGAGUCAUAAUUUGUAAAGCAAAAAAAAAAAAUCCCUCUUACGGAAACUAACUUAAAAACGAAAAUCACCUACCGAAUCGCUAAAUGAGGGGGGGUGACAGUGUUUUCCCGUUUCCUUCAUCCCGUCUCGCAAGCAUACAGCGCUUGGUGUAGUUCUAAAUUUUCAACGCUUGCGCACGCUCUGGAACAAAAUUCGAAAUCCGUGCAAACAUGCAAACAGAGGGGGGAAAAAAGCUUUCAAAGCCUUUAAAGCUUGCAAUCGAUUUAGCUAUGCAGGUGCAGGCUUCGUGGACAAGGCAAAACUUACCAAACAUCCCUCCUCCUUUUACUCCCUCCCCCGAAUACGGCUUCAUCCCCACGACGGAGGAAGUUGUACCGCAAAAUUAUUACCAUUAUAAGUGUUAAAAAAAAACUAGUUCGGAGAGCGAACAGGAGAAAUCAAAGUGGGGUGAAAAACAACAAAAAAAGGAAAAAACAAAACGCGAAAACGAAAGUGGAAGUGAGGAAGUGAAGCAAAAACAGAGUGGAAAAAGCGCAAUUUAUUUUGUAUUUAUCUAAUAAAUACAGUUCAAACACAGGAAGUAAAAAAAAACAUGGAAACAAGAAAAAAGAAACGGUAAAUUAAUUAAACUAAGCGCAUGAGUAAAUAAGCUAGAUUCUAGGAUGGUAAUAUAUAUAAACAAAAAAGUAUAUAUAUAAAGAAUAGUUUUGAAAGCACGCAACUUGUUGGAAACGAAGCGGUGACGUAGCGGGGAAGAAAAACGGCACGACAGGAUCGUGGAUCGGAAAAAUGCAAUCCACACACACACACAUCCUACAACAGUCCCGUGUGUGCCGUGUGUGUGUGAACGCGAAAUGCGAGCGUAAUAAUGUGUAUUAUAUGUAGGCAAAAUAGGAUAUGAAGGGUUUUCUGUUCUGUUUUCUUUUUUCUUUUCCUCGUCGUCGUUGUCGUCGAAAAGCAAGCAGAAGAAAUAAACAGAGCGAAACGCACUUAGAAAAGUGAUUAAGCGAAGCAGGACAAUGUGCUAACCAAUAGCAGUAGUAGGGAAAGAAUUGAAAUAAAAAUCAGAAGAAGCAACCUCAAAACACACAACCUCCUCACAAACGCACACACACUUACACAAAAAAAGCGGGAAAUUGCAGAAUGCAAACGAAAAAUAGACGGUCAUCUCAACCCUCCUUCCUCCCCCAGGCAGGCACAAUCGAUGAUCGAUGAGUGCGUGUUAAAUGAUGAGUCCUCCUUUCUCCACUUGAAUUAAUUUGCUUCCCAGUCUCUCGAUGCGAGAUAAAAUCGGUGCAAAUGAGAGUAAAACAGAGAGAGAGAAAGAGGGUGGGGAAAAAAGCAAAAAAAUAAAUAAAUAAACGCACUGGAAAACGCAUAAAUGAACGAAAAAUAUAUACACAAACACCAGGAAGUGAAAUAGCCAUCGAGCGGUAGGGAAACGUUUUGCUGAAAAAUUGAACCCUCCAGCUGCAAAACUGCAAAAGUAAAACAAACGCACUGCAAUAAAAAAAAAACAGGCAGAAAAAUAGAAUUGCAACAGAAACUCGUCAAACCAACCGAUACUGUGCAUAAGGAAAGAGAGGAAACAAUAAACAUAUUAUUCUGAACGAAUAACAAAAUAAAAA